AUGACGCAAAGCAGAAACAAGUUCGGUGCCACCGACAAGAUACCUACCCAGUAUAUCGAGGAGGUACCAGGCCAGGCUCUUCUGGAGCUGCUGUCUCAGCGAAGGGGAUGUUGUCUUUCGGACCCCAGAGAUAUGAUAUAUGCCCAUCUCGGACUUGCGAGCGCCAUCACAAGAUUGAAGAUUCCGAUUGAUUAUGAUAAGUCUGUGUCAGAGGUCUAUCAGUAUACCACCCGCUUAUUCGUAGAAUGGUAUGGACUUAAGAACAUACUUCAUCAUGUGGAAAGUAUUUCAUUGGGUGGGCUCCAAAGAGGCUAUCCAUCAUGGGUACCUGACUGGACUAUAUCGGAGCAGUCUGGUAAUCGAGGCCACCGCUCCCACAUUCCCUCAUCAUCGCUUUCGAACCCUGAAUACUACAAGGCCUCGUGGGCCGCACCGAAUGUUCUUGCUUUUGCUGGUGUUUGUUAUGGUUCAGUACAGACAGUGCUCCCCUGUUCGGCUUGGCCGGUGCAUGUUGAUGGAAUGGUGUCAUGGGAUCCUGCUGUCUCACAGACUCGUUGGGAUCAUUCGUAUUUCACUUCCGCCCUGCAGUGGAUGUCAAGAUCAGACGACAAAUUCCUGAGAGCUCGAGACUUCGUCUUUGAUCUUAUUGAGCAGCGUGGUACGGAUGGCAUCUAUGAACCAUUUUUCCCCAUGGACCGCUUCGAACCAAGUCUUUGGGCAGAAGUUAGUUCAAUCUUAUGUAAAUGGGCUUCAAGAAGGUCAUUUUACCUAGGUUGGACUGAUGAUGAUAUUAUUCACCAUCAUUUAGUUGGGAGAUUCAUCUUCAUUCUAAUGAGAAUAGCAUACAUAAGCUGGUCAAAUAAACUUAAGCAACCAGCAAUUCUCGGAGGAAGUGCGCCUGUCAUGCUCCCUGUUUUAGCACAGCCGGGUGACAUUCUAGUCAAUUGUCUGACAGGUACAUACGAGUCAGGUCACGAUGCUAUUUUGCUGAGACCGUCCAAGUUCGAACUCAGUCGAAAUGAACAGCACCUGGUAAGAAAAGACUUGAGUCUAAUCAACAAGGACUCCUCGGGGUACGACUGGAAUACCUUCCAGUUACAAGAUUGCCAUUUUAUUGCAAUGGUAGAUGCUACGACUAUCUGGAUGAAAACUUGGUUUCACUCAGUGCAAGAGUUGGAGAACACUUGUGCCGUUAGGAAGAUUUUUGCUCUACAUUGA